CAUGGACGCUUGACGAUAAGGUGCGUCCUCACAAUCAUAAAAACAAAUCCCUCGGAGCCUACGACGAACCUCGUCGUGGCUGCACAGCCGAAUGUGCAAGACCAUCUCAAGCUCAUGCUCACGGAUGGAGAUGGCGCGGAUGUGACAUUCAGUGUCCGUGGCCAACUGUUCAAUGCCCACCGGUGCUUGUUGGCUGCACGGUCUCCCGUUUUCAAGGCCCAGCUAUUUGGCCCGAUGAAAGAGACGUCAACUCAUCGCAUCAUGAUUGAUGAUAUGGAGCCACAAAUCUUCGGAGCACUUCUUCACUUCAUAUACACGGAUUGCAUGACCGAUGACUACAAGGAAGGGCAAACUAGAAAUCUGCAACACCUGCUAGUGGCCGCGGAUCGAUACGGAGUGGACAGGUUGCGGCUCAUGUGUGAAGGUAGGCUGUGUGAUAGCAUCGACGUGAAAACCGUUGCCACCACGUUGGUUUUAGCUGAGCAGCAUAACUGUCAAGUUCUUAGAAAAGCUUGUGUCGACUUUGUAGCCUCAAGAAACGCACUAGAUGCAGUCAUGAAAACAGAAGGAUUCAAGCAUCUUAAGGCAAGCUGUCCUCAGCUCAUACCGGCGAUUUUGGCUAGGAGCUCCUACACCUGGUGUCAAGUUUCUAAGUGGUCGACAAACCAGACGACCACAUGUCUACACGAACUGAACUUCACUCAUCUGUGA